GCUCGCCGCCCGAGCUGGAGCUUCCUCGCGACCCAGCGCCCCGGCCAGCCGCGCAGAGCAGCUGCUUCUCCGCCCGCGCUCCGCCGCAUCUCCGCGUGUUUGCCCGUCGUCAGUCCGUCCUAGCCUGUCCCAACCCCGGCCACCAAGCGCCAUGAACCAAGUCGAGCCCGGCGUGCAAUACAACUACGUGUACGAUGAGGACGAGUACAUGCUGCAGGAGGAAGAGUGGGACCGCGACCUGCUGCUGGACCCUGCCUGGGAGAAGCAGCAGAGGAAGACCUUCACUGCCUGGUGUAACUCCCACCUGAGGAAAGCUGGCACCCAGAUUGAGAACAUCGAGGAAGACUUCAGGAAUGGCCUGAAGCUUAUGCUGCUUUUGGAAGUCAUCUCAGGGGAAAGGCUGCCCAAACCUGACCGAGGAAAAAUGCGGUUCCACAAAAUAGCCAAUGUCAACAAAGCCUUGGAUUAUAUAGCCAGCAAGGGCGUGAAACUGGUAUCCAUCGGGGCUGAAGAGAUUGUCGACGGCAACGUGAAAAUGACCCUGGGCAUGAUCUGGACCAUCAUCCUCCGCUUUGCUAUUCAGGACAUUUCAGUGGAAGAAACCUCUGCCAAAGAAGGCCUGCUGCUGUGGUGUCAGAGGAAAACCGCUCCUUACAGGAAUGUCAACAUUCAGAACUUCCACACCAGCUGGAAGGACGGCCUCGGACUCUGUGCGCUCAUCCACAGACACCGGCCCGACCUCAUUGACUACUCAAAGCUUAACAAGGAUGACCCAGUAGGAAAUAUUAACCUGGCCAUGGAAAUCGCAGAGAAGCAUCUGGAUAUUCCCAAAAUGUUGGAUGCCGAAGACAUUGUGAACACCCCCAAACCGGAUGAGAGGGCCAUCAUGACGUACGUGUCCUGUUUCUACCAUGCUUUCGCGGGCGCGGAGCAGGCUGAGACAGCGGCUAACAGGAUAUGUAAGGUUCUUGCUGUGAAUCAAGAGAAUGAGAGACUGAUGGAAGAAUAUGAGAGGCUAGCAAGUGAGCUUUUGGAAUGGAUUCGCCGCACGAUCCCCUGGCUGGAGAACCGGACGCCUGAGAAGACCAUGCAGGCCAUGCAGAAGAAGCUGGAGGACUUCCGGGAUUACCGUCGGAAGCACAAGCCCCCGAAAGUGCAGGAGAAGUGCCAGCUGGAGAUCAACUUCAACACCCUGCAGACCAAGCUUAGGAUCAGCAACCGGCCUGCCUUCAUGCCGUCUGAGGGCAAGAUGGUGUCGGACAUCGCCGGGGCCUGGCAGAGGCUGGAACAGGCGGAGAAGGGCUACGAGGAGUGGCUGCUCAACGAGAUCCGGAGGCUGGAGCGAGUGGAGCACCUGGCCGAGAAGUUCAGGCAGAAGGCGUCCACGCACGAGACCUGGGCUUACGGCAAAGAACAGAUCUUGCUGCAGAAGGAUUACGAGUCGGCGACGCUGACGGAGCUGCGAGCCCUGCUGCGGAAGCACGAGGCCUUCGAGAGCGACCUGGCCGCGCACCAGGACCGCGUGGAGCAGAUCGCGGCCAUCGCGCAGGAACUCAAUGAACUGGACUAUCAUGACGCUGUCAAUAUCAAUGAUCGGUGCCAGAAAAUUUGUGACCAGUGGGACCGGUUGGGAACGCUUACGCAGAAGAGAAGAGAGGCCCUGGAGAGAACUGAGAAGUUGCUAGAAACCAUCGAUCAGCUUCACCUGGAGUUUGCCAAGAGAGCUGCUCCUUUCAACAAUUGGAUGGAAGGCGCCAUGGAGGACCUGCAAGACAUGUUCAUCGUCCACAGCAUCGAGGAAAUCCAGAGUUUAAUCACUGCACACGAGCAGUUCAAGGCCACGCUGCCGGAGGCGGACGGCGAGCGGCAGUCCAUCAUGGCCAUCCAGAACGAGGUAGAGAAGGUGAUUCAGAGCUACAGCAUCCGGAUCAGCUCCAGCAACCCAUACAGCACUGUCACCAUGGACGAACUCCGGGCCAAGUGGGACAAGGUGAAGCAGCUCGUGCCCGUGCGGGAUCAGUCCCUGCAGGAGGAGCUGGCCCGCCAGCAUGCCAAUGAGCGUCUGCGGCGCCAGUUUGCAGCACAGGCCAACGCCAUCGGGCCCUGGAUCCAGAACAAGAUGGAGGAGAUUGCCCGGAGCUCCAUCCAGAUCACAGGGGCCCUGGAGGACCAGAUGAACCAGCUGAAGCAGUAUGAGCACAACAUCAUCAACUACAAGAACAACAUUGACAAGCUGGAGGGCGAGCAUCAGCUUAUCCAGGAGGCCCUGGUGUUCGACAACAAGCACACGAACUACACCAUGGAGCACAUCCGUGUUGGAUGGGAGUUGCUGCUGACAACCAUCGCCAGGACCAUCAAUGAGGUGGAGACGCAGAUCUUGACGAGGGACGCCAAGGGCAUCACCCAGGAGCAGAUGAACGAGUUCAGAGCCUCCUUCAACCACUUCGACCGGAGGAAGAAUGGCCUAAUGGAUCAUGAGGAUUUCAGAGCCUGCUUGAUUUCCAUGGGAUAUGAUUUGGGAGAAGCAGAAUUUGCCCGCAUCAUGACUCUGGUGGAUCCCAACGGACAGGGCACAGUCACCUUCCAGUCCUUCAUCGACUUCAUGACCAGAGAGACGGCUGAUACCGACACCGCUGAGCAGGUCAUCGCCUCCUUCCGAAUCCUCGCUUCUGAUAAGCCCUACAUCCUGGCGGAUGAGCUGCGCCGGGAGCUGCCCCCAGACCAGGCACAGUACUGCAUCCGGAGAAUGCCGGCCUACUCAGGCCCCGGCGCUGUGCAGGGCGCCCUGGAUUACACCGCCUUCUCCUCUGCGCUCUAUGGGGAGAGCGACCUGUGAGCUCGGCUCUGUAACCGCUGAUCCCAUCCGAAUGCAAUAAAAGAUGGUUACAGUUUGUUUCUUGGAGACUUUGACAAGCUUUAUUAAGUUAGGGGAGAGGAAAAUCUUUUUUUUUUUUUUUUUUUUUUUUUUUUGCAGUUCAGUAAUUGCCAGCAAUGUAACAUGGCUGGAAUUCAGUUUCUAUGGUAUAUGACAUAGUGUGCUUCAUAAAUAGGUUUCUUUAUUUCUGAAUUUUUAGCCAAAUGCUAUGAAAUAUCAGGAGUUUUUGUUUGCUUCUUUGAUAAAACAGAGCAAAUUACUUGAAUAGUAUAAAACUAGGACUAUCUAGAGACAGAAGAAAAGUACAAAAUGGGAAAUUGCAAAAUACCCAAGAUUCAAGACCAGGAAAAAAAAAUUUGGUGAAUGUUUGAUAUUU